GAAACCUCAAUCUGGCUCCGGCAGAGGGCCCGGACCAACUCAUCGACCUCCCAAUCUUUUUUCAGGAGGUAUGUUCACUGGCUUGAUGUCCUGGACCCAACUCUUUUAUGUGCAUCAGAUGCAGAGAUCAAAAACGCAAAGGCUUUACUGGAGAGCGUGGGGAAGGUUACAGACGAUGCACGAAGCGGGAAGGAGUUUGAAGCUCUGAAAAUGUGCCAGGCAUCUCUGCACCCAGACACUGGAAACAUCACCCCCACCAUGUUUAGACCCCCGGCUUUCAUGCCGGUCACUAUGCCCCUGGUUAUUGCGGCGUCACUGCCACACAGAGGACCAAUAUCCGCGUUUAUUUGUCAGACCCUCUUCCACUCAUACUGCGCCGGCUUUAACCUUCUGAACGGGAACAAGACUCUCAAUGAAGAAAAGUCUUCCCCUCCCGCUCUGUUGAUUGCUGGGUCGGUGGUUUAUACUGCUUGUGUUGGGGCCACACCGCUAUUCAUUAUGAAGAGAUACAAGCUGACAUCUCCUGCAUUUCAAACUUUCUUCCUGAAAGUGCUUCCUGCACCCCUGCUUGCUGCCUUGAGUGCACUCAAUGUGGUUGCAGCGCGGUUUCCGGAGACUGAGGAUGGGAUUGAAGUUAUAGAAAAAAGUGGUAAAGUUGUUGGCGUAUCGCGACAAGCAGGAAAGAAGGCUGUAAUGGAAACUGCGGUAUCUCGAGCAGCUUUGAUGGGUGUUACAGUUCUAACCCCCAUCCUUCUAGAUGCAAUCAUGAAGGGGUACCGCAUGCUACUCUCCCCCAUUAAACAUAUAGCGGCAGUGCUAGUAUUUGGAACACUGGUUCCUGCGUCAUUUAGUGUCUUCCCACAGAAAGGAAAGAUUGCGAGGACAGACUUAGAAAAAGAACUUCAAACUGGCACAACAGCAUCUGAGCUCUAUUACCACAGAGGACUUUAACUUCUCUUAUCAAAAGAGCAUCAGUGGAAGAAGAAAGGAGGACAGAAUGCACAACAUAAAACAAAA